UCAAGUAUUUUUGAAGGAGGGCAUUGUACGGGUCUGUUAUUUGUGUAGUGAAUAUAAACAGUGGAAAUAUGAAUUAAUUUUCGCAUAAAAUCGCUUUCAAUCCCUUAUACAAAUGGAUAAUGAAUUUGUACUAGUACUUAUUUAACUUUUAUGAAGAUCUAUUGUUAAAGUUACAAAAUGUCUACUAGACGUGCUAGAAUAAAAGCUGUAACAUCCUUGCCACCAAGAAGAAAAAAUGCUGAAACUGCAGAUGUUAAAAAUAAACCUGCUCAAGUUAAAGAAAACGUAGAAAAAAGCCUUAAAAGCCCACGAACACCACGUCCAUUAGCAGAAAAGAAUGAAGUGGAUGAUACCGCCGUACUUCCUAACACUUCAGUUGAAGUUACCAACGCAACAGAGUAUCGAAGUGUAAUUAUAACUCCGAAUAAAAAUGCAAUUGCACCAAACACAGUCGCCUCUCCAAUUAACCCAACCGAGAAAAUUAAGGCGUCACCAAAAAGUACAGAAAAAGUUUCUAGUAACGCCACUUCUGUUAUUAAAUCAAACAAAAUUAUAUUUGCGUCGCCACAAACACGUCGGGAUAGUCCGUUUAGGAAAGCUAUUGCAUCUCUCUUGACUUCGCCAAAAAAUACCACUAAAAGUGCUGAUGUUAACCAAACGAAAAGCCCGUCACCACAAAUAAAUAAACAUACACCCAAACAACAAAUAAUAAAUGACAACAAUGAACUGCAUAUAACAAACAAAAAUAUACAUAAAGUUACACAUAACAUAGUCAGCCCUGUUGGAAGCAAUACAACUGAAGAUUUUAAUGUACCCAGCGUUCCUGAAAGUGUCAACGAUGAGACUGUUAUGGAUGGCAUUGUACCAUUGCAGCAAGCUGGCAAUGUACCCAAGCCUAUUGAUAUUCUAAAAAGUGAAAUUAUAUCAGAAAAUGUUGAAGUUCUUUUUGAUCCAAUUGUACCAUUACCUUCUCCAAGUAAAGUAAGGCCUAAACUGCGUCCAGCUCCAAGACUUGGACCUCAUAGAAGAAAUAGUAUACAGGGCAGCGCCAGUGAGUCUGAAGAUGAGACUCGACGUGCGCAACUGUCUAGUGGUGCAGCUACUCCAUCUUUGGGCAGACAACGUCAUGAUUCACACACAUCCAGCACAUUGAUAAAUAGAGAGGUAAAUCGUGUGAGGAAUGAUUCUGUUUGUUCAAGUGCAAGUCAGUUAACCGCUCCCAGCGUUGUCGCUUCACCGCUUAAGGAGAAACAGAGCAAAUUACGUCGUCAAGAGGCGGCCAAUCGGCGGGCCGCAGCGAUGCGACGCAAACGAGAGAAGGCAGCAGCUAAGCGGGAGUCGCUUACAAUGUACGAUCUUAUAUUCUACAACCCCACCACUAAUCCUAUUGUUCCAGACCAAGAUGAAUUAAAAGCGAAAGAGGAGAAUGCAAAAGACGCAAAAGAGUCUGCAGCUAAAGCAGAGGAGUCAAAGAGUAAAGAACAGAAUAAUACAACCGAAGAGACUGCGCCUGCUCCCGCGCCGCAGAUCAAACUCGGACCUAAUGGAGAAAUAGUUCUUGAUGAACAGAGUUUGGUGAUAAAGCCGAGUGACUCUGGGCGCAGUAUAUCAUGCGUGGUGCGGGAGGGUGCGUGGGGCGGGGGCGGGGGCGCGUACCGGAGAGCCACGCGCACCGCCGACUGGAGCGCGCAGGAGACCGUGCGCUUCUACCGCGCUAUUGCCGCCAUCGGCACUGACUUCACACUCAUGGCGCAUCUCUUCCCUGACCGUAGCCGUAAGGAUCUUAAGCUCAAGUUUAAGAAAGAGGAGCGCCAGAACGGCGUGCUGGUGGACAAGGCGCUGCGGUCAGCGGGCGCGUGGGACGCGGAGGCGCUGCGCGGGGAGUUCGAGAGCGAGCGCGCGGAGGCCAAGCGCCGCGCCGCCGCCGAGCGCGCCCGCCUCGCCCGCACGCUGCACGCAGAGCGCGACCGCGUGCGCACCUGCCGCGACCUGCGCGUGCGCAACAGUAAAGGAGGUAAAGCUCUAGAAUCCACGAUGAUACCAGGAAUUACGCAGCUCAAAGAAAAUGAACUGACCACGGCGGAUGAAAUCAUCGCACGCGCCAAACAAACUAAGCCGAUAGGAUUAGAGGACGUGUUCGUGGAAACCCAAGCGCCACCUGCGCCGGUAUCCGCUGUUAACAACAAGACUACACCAAAAGUGGCCAUCCCGAGGUCUGCGAGUGCCAACGUCACGCCGAAUGCGAAUGCUCAACCCGCCCCGGCGACUUUGAAUAAGAGCAGCGCCACACCCGCGGUACCCAACAACAUCGAAACCGGAUCUUUGGUCGUUUUGACCGUAAACGACCCCUCGUCCCCGUCAAAGAAGAUGCUGCAAACUUACAUCGCUCAUGGCGGCGGCAGACUGACCCCGGUUUCCCUGCCGACUACCUUACUCAACUCAGUCGUAGGUUAUAUGAAGAAGGGAACACCUAAAAACACAACGACAACCGGUUCCCCACAUUUCGCAUCGCCGAGCAGCGUCACCAGCCAAGAGAGUCGCGGCAGCAGUACUCCUGGAGUCAUCCAGGUAAACCCCUCGCCCACCAAGAGGCAGCGGUUAAGCUCUUAUACUAUUACACAGAUCUAGCAUUCAGCCACUGUAGUAUUGGCUACGCUAUAUAUCUUAAGAUAGCAUCGAUAUUGUCAAUAUAUUAGGAAACUUUGACAAACGUAAUCGACCUUGAAGUCGAAUACAAUAGAGUCGCUACAAGAAAGUUGUAGCAAAGAGCAGAUCGGGUCAAAACACCGCGCUCUUGGACACACUAUCUUGUCUUACCACGGUUACAAUACUGUGUCAAAGCUCUCAACUGCAGUGAUAACUAACCAUUGCUGUAGUUAAACCAAAUACCAUGACUCACCAUUGAUGCAUACAACUCAUGGCACAAUUCGCACAGCUGUUGUCAUGUCACCAUCGCUGUAACUACCGUGCCAUAUGCUUUGCCAUUGCUGCGGAUGAAAUUUACUAACGUGUCAUGACUAACGUUGACACAAAUCAUGAAUAUUGAAGGAGACGUUAUAUUUCAGCUUCCAUACGAUCUGGGAACGUGUCACUAUUUAUUUGUAAAUUUUGUAUUAUUUUAUUUUCAUAAUUUUUAUGGAUUCAGUGUAUAUGAACCCAACGGGUACUUUCCCCCAUUGGAUGAAUUAUUUCCGUGAAUUUAAGAUUCGGGAAAAUAAUUACUAUUGAAGUCUAUUUUGCUAUUA